AUGGGGCUUCUGAGCGAAUUGACGCGGGGCCUGGUGCGCGGCGCCGACCGUACAGCGCCCUGGACGAGCAAGCGGGGCCCACGGUCCUUCUACAAGAGCCGAGGCGCUAAGAACGCCGGCUUCAUCACUUGCAGCAGGAAGUUCAAGAUGGUGCCCGAGAUGGUGCCCAAGCUGGUGGUGCCCGACCUGACCGGCUUCAAGCUCCGGCCCUACGUCUCCUACCGCGCCCCCGCAGGCAGCGAGCCGCCCGCCACCGCCCGCGACCUCUUCCAAGAGGUCGUGGCCCCCAGCAUCAAGAAGGACAUCGAGGGAGGCACCUUCGAUGCGGAGAAGCUGGAGAAGUACGGCUUUGAGCCCAGCCAGGAAGGGAAGCUCUUCAAGCUCUUCCCCAAGAACUUCGUGCGGUAGCGGGAGGGAGAAAGCCAUCGGCCGAGGCUG